AUGACGUUCCGGUGCUCGAUCUGCCGGCGUUCGAAGAAAAAGGGGGUCCCCUACAUCCAGCUGACGAUGGAAACGGCGCGAUACGAGCGGAUCAUCGCCGCGCUGAAGGCUCGCGGGCUGCCAAUACCGAGGCUACCGGAAAAGGGAUGGGCCAAAAUUUGCCGCGAACACCUGCCCGAGUACCUGGAUAAUAUAAAAGCAAUGACCUCAUCCGUCUCCCCGCCUUCCGGUGAAAAAAUUGCGGUGCCGAUAAAGAAAAAAUCUCGAGAUGAGCUCCUCUGUGAGCUAUUCGACUCUUUACCACCGAGAGGCCGACUUGCGCUUGUCCAGAUGCUCGUCCGGCUCCGGGAACCGCUACCGGCCCGGCUUCGAAAAGAGAAGAUUUUGGUCAGCAGAAAUGCACCGGCCUGUGAUCCCGUUGUGUUGACGCUUGACAUGCUGAUGCAGCCGGAAAAUAUUGCUAAAGCCAAACAAUUCUCCGGUACGCUCGUCAGCUCCCCUGAAGAUGUUUUGCGGCCAGUAAAAGCAAAACCGCCUCCGGAACCUGUGAUAGCCCCGCUGUCGCCGAAGGAUGAACCCCCGCCACCCGUACUUCAGCCUCAAGCCCGAUUGAAACGGAAACACUCGCCUGAGCCUGCCCCUAGCCCUUCAAAUGGCCCACUGAAAACCAGCGGGUUCACUUUUCGAAAGAUGACGGCCGCCACGUUAGCUUCUACGCCAAGCGGCGGUUUCGGCUCCCCAUCCAUUCCACGGCUCAACAUUCCGCGCAUUAGCGAUACGCAAAAUGUGCCGGUGCACUUGACGAAGAAGGGUGGAUUGAGGCCCGAUCAUGGGGACGUCAAGCCAAAUCUAUCCGCGCUGAUGAAAGGCACGACAACGUCACCCGGGACUGUCAAAAUACCUAAUUUGAUUCGCUCCCAAAUGUGCUGCCAGAAACGCGCGUGUCUGAUCGGCGCCGAGAAAUGUGCUGUGAAGCGGCAACGUGAACACGAGAUCGAUUCGAAGCUGGUUCCCUCGGCAGCGGCUGAUGAAGCGUUGGCACUAUGGGGAAAGAUCAGAGACGAGUACCCGGAUGAUGGCGACGAGCAGGUGGACAACAGGCGCCCAGACUCCCUGUUGCACCUGAUGAACAUCGUCAACAAGCGCAAAAACAUGAUGAAGGCAAAUAUGGGCUACGGCAGACCGUCGACAACGCAUUAUAAUGGCAGCAAUCGAGCGACUACUGCUAGCCAAAUGGUCGUCAGAAAACAGCCCUCGAUGAACCACGUCUCGCCUCGACUUUUCGACCCUCAACCUGGGCCAUCUGGGCACGACGGCGUUUUGGACCCGAGCGCGGCUAUGGCGAUUGCCGAGAGCGGACGAUGCGAGGGGUGCCAUUUGACGCUUCCAUCCGACAUUUUUGUGAUGCAUCUGACGCUUCUGGAGCAGGGGCUCGAGUGUCCCGAGGUGCGCAAAAAUGAUGCCGAAGUCAACUGCCCGUUUCCAAAGUGCCCUGCGAAAGGAUUCGCUUCGAUGGAAAACUACUGCACGCAUCUGAAGGUGAACCACCAACGAAUGACGGCGGUGGACGAAGAGGUGUACGGAGAUGAAGCGGAAUGCCAGGAUGCGAUCGACGCACUGCGCAGUGUCGGCGAUUUCGACUCGGAUGCCGGAAUCGGGGAUUCGAUAGCGUAUCGAUGUCGGUACACUCAUGAUGCUGACGAUAGUGAUCACGAAUUCGACGACUGCGAGGUGGAGCACCCAAAGGUGCGCAUCGCCUGCUCGGCCUUCUACCUCAGCCAGGUCAAGUAUGACGAACAUGAUCACCCGAACUACCACCUACGAUACUGCGGCAACCAUAUCCAUGGAAAGAUGCGUGUCAUUCGGCCGUUGCGGCAGAGAAUUCGGCAGCUGGCCCGCUUCAUGCCGAUCCCCGUUAUACAGAAAAUCGUUUCAGCCGAAGCGCCAGACUACGCGGGCACCGGCGGGCUACUGGACAAGAUCCGAAAUCUCUCGCCUCCGGAAAUUGCGAUGAUUAUUCAAAGUGGAUAUUGCUCCGCGCCCGAUUUCGACCCCAACGGCUAUCGGCUCCCGAAGCUCGGCCUUUUCGAGGCGCUGCUUCUGCCCGAGGGUUUCUCGCCGCAAACCGUUCGCGAGGAGUGCGACGCGUGGUCGCGCUCGAAAAACGUGAAGAUUCUACCGAUAUGCCCGGCCGAGCGAAAGCGCGAGGCGCAGAAAGCACAAGCACAACCCUCUGAUGAAGCCACCCCACGCCAAGUGCAUCCCGUCCUUCGCGGCGAAUCAUCACGGCAAGAGGAGAAGGCGAAGAAGGCGCUGAAUUGCAUACGGAUAAUGGCCAAGAAUAUGUCGGAAAGCAUGCUGCUCGAGAUGCCCGACGAUGAGAUGAUCACGUUUGCAAAAACGAUCGAAGUCUGCUACGCGAUCACGAAAUCGGUGGAAGGCGGGCCGCAGAAGAAGCCUUUAGACAAGCGCCGCAGCGUGCCGUGCGUCGACGUGAACAUGCUGGCAGAGCCGUUCUCCGAUUUUGAGGACGACAAUGAGAUGCAACCCGGGCCCUCCUCCGGGUUUCCCGAUUAUGAU